AUGCCAAGUGACAACAGCCCAAGGCCAAAUAUGCCUCGGGAUACACUCUCCUCGCUGCAUAAGACGGCAAUCCAGAUGGCCAACCCAGCCCAUAACUUCUUACUAGAAACCAGUCCAAACAUCUACAGUUCUGGUGAACCGGUGAAUAUUCCCUCGGAGGAAAUAUUCAGAUCAUUGAAACAGAAGCCACCAGGCCCUUCUGGCUCCCGGUCAUGGACGCCACCGAAUGUAGCCGAAUGUGCUGCGCAUCUGGAAUUUUUGGAAGUUCUCUAUGCUAUGCGCGAGCAGGUGUUAUCUUCAAAGCCCAUUGGUUUGGCGAUGGGUUAUGUGAGCAAAUACAAACCAGACGAUCUUACAAUCGAAGCGUGGUACAAGGGCAAGUGGGAAAAGUAUGUCGAGUUUGCCGUUGUUCGUUUUCUCACUUGGAGGGAGACUCUCAUUAGCAACAUCGUCACAUACGAGGUCCUGCCAUAUCUCCCGCCUUUGGAUAUAUUGAUGGUCUGGCACUCGCUCCUGCUCAACCCCGCCACUUUCCGUAAGAACUACGAGCGGGAAUCUCUCUACAAGACCAAAUUUCCUUGGGAAGCGAUCCAUAGCCACAUCGACAAGAACAGUUGGAACUUCUCGCAUUCGCAAGACGAUAAGAACAAAUUCGAGAGGCACGCGAGCUUGGACUAUGACCUAUUUAAAAUCUUGGAGGACUGGCCUACCAAUCCAGUCUACGCACCCAAGCAACAGUACAUUGGUCUUAAAGAUUUUCGGUUCGGCAAGAGUGCUGGUGCAGCAAACCCUCUCAACCUACAACACAAUAAAACUCUAGCGCUUUAUUCAAAGAAGUUUCUGUAUGCCGACCCCACUCUCUCGGCGGCGCUUCGAGAUGCUGUGCUCCGUCAAGGCAAGUUUAUUGAAGAGAUGCACGACUUUCUAUGGAUCCGUAGCCCUGCUCUUGAAGGAACGUUGCAGAGGGCCAUUGGCAGAUACGAGAACUUCUGCGAGCUGAUGAGGAGGGUACCAUCAGUGAUGGUUGUUCCGACGCAAGAUAUUGACUUGGUCUGGCAUACGCACCAAUGCGCGGCGGCCCAGUAUGUCAGCGAUACCCAGGCCAGGGUGGGACGGUUCAUCAACCAUGACGAUGCUGUCAGGCCAGGCAAGCUGAAUGAUGGGUUUGAGAGGACCGCGAGGCUGUACCGGGAGCACUUUUCCAAAGACUAUAGCAUCUGUGGGUGCUGGGACUGCGAGCUCUUGGCAUCCGCGAUGGAGGACGUGCUCAAUUCAAGAACGGAUAUGGGCACGGUGAUUGACAUGAACUACGUGAUUGAGAAGCAGGAGAAGCUGAUGAAGUGGUAUCGAGCUGUUGAGAUAAAGAGGAGAAAGCAUGAAGUCGUACCGUCAUGGGAAUGA